AUGUCCGGUCUUCGGCCGUUCAAAAUCGAAACGCCUCGUCUGGCUAUACGUCGUUUCCUGUUAGGCGAGGUGGACAACUAUCUUCACAUCCGCAACGAUCCUUCCUCAUCCCAUGCUUGUCCUUGGAUCACACCCCUCUGUCCCGAAGACGCUUGGGCGUUCAUGACGCGACAAGUGGUCGUUUCCCCAGGGGCACCGAACGUCGAAGCACAUCUCGCGAUCACAGACCGGCAGCAAGGCUACGUGCUUGGCACAUGUUUCGUCAAGAUCGACGUCUCCGGUCACGCGGAAGUGGGGCUACUGCUCGCCACACAAGUGCGAAGAUAUGACAUCGAGCUCGAGGUUGUGAACGCUCUGCUCAAAUGGACAAAACAAGCGCGUGACGGGCCGCGAUGCAAGGAGGUCACACUCAAGGUCAACGCGAGGGAUGAUACGAUGCUUGCGGCGUAUUCGUCCGCAGGAUUCAACAUGGUCAGCCAGCAUUUGUGGCAGGGUUCGUUUCCGUAUUACGUCGUUUCCGCUUGA